UGCGUGGCGGUCCAUUGUACUGUACUAAAAAAGUAGAUCUUUUGCUGGACUCAAGAAUUUUGAGAGAUAUGGGGACUCCAGGUGUGGAAUUGGAUAAAUACGGCUUUCUAGUAUCAAAGUCAGAUGACGAUUACCGCCAGCACAAAUACCCCAAGGAAGAGCCCAAAGUUUCUGAAUUUAAAUGGGAGAAGAUGCUGAAUAACUUGCAAUCUGGAAAUGGACUGGAAUCAUCACAAAAGCUCUACAGGUAUAUUGGGAGUGGAAUCCCUAAUGCCAUGCGAGGAAGAUUAUGGGCGAUGGUGGUAGAGUCGGAGAAGAUGAAAGAGAAUAGUCAGUUUGAAUAUCAAGAUGAAAAACAAAAGAUCUCAAGGUGGUUGGAUCAAUGUGGACUAAAGAGCUAUGCUGACAACGAAACGUUGCAUAUGUUGAGUGAUGUUGAAAAUAUUUCUGUAUCAGGAAGCAGUCCAGAAAUGAACCAAUUGUCAGCAUAUCGUCAAAUCUUACUUGAUGUUGGUCGAAGUUUUCCUAACCACAAUCAGUUUGCUGGAAAUGAAGGAAAAGCUGGUCGAUCUAGUCUUUUUUUCAUUCUGUCUGCUUAUGUUUCAUACAAUCAGUCAGUUGGAUAUUGUCAAGGCAUGUCAUUUGUUGCUGGUGUUAUACUGAUGCAUUUAGAUGAAGAGGAUGCUUUUUGGGUAAUGACUUCUCUAUUUGAGAGAAAGAAAUACCUUCUUGGAUAUUUUUCACCAACCCUUGCAAAGAUCAAAAGUCAUGCUGAAGUGUUUCAGCAGCUUCUGAAUGACAGAAGUGGCACGUUAGCGAAGCAUUUGACUUCUCUUGGAGUUUAUCCACUGAUGUAUGUCACUCAAUGGUUUCUCAGUUUAUUUACGUCUCUUCCAUGUUGGGAUACUGUGUUGAUGAUUUGGGAUUAUUUUAUGGUUGAGGGAGUGACAUGCGUAUUUCGUAUUGCUCUUUCUCUCGUUCAGCUAUUGUCAGAUCGUUUACUUGCUACAGAGGAUAUGAGUGUGGCCAUUUUGUUAUUUAAACGGUUUCCUCAUGACAUUUGCACUCGUCAGGUACUCGCUACAACCAUGACAUCUGUGACGGUGCACGAUUGGGAGAUUAAUGGUCUGUUGGACAAAACUGAAAAAAUUGCUUCAUACUUACCAGCAAAUACUGCAUACAUCAGGAGAGGAGUUAAACGAAGUCGUGACAGCUCUAUGUGUGUCCAAACCAGUGAACCAAGCAGCAAGCAACAACGUCCAGUCAAAGAAAGAUCAAAAAAACAACAGCAACGUGUGAAACGUCAACGUCAUAGUGCGAAAUCGGUUGGCAAACCAAGGCUAUUGCAAGCAGGAGAGGGUGAGGAAAUUGAGAUGACUCCAUUGUCUAUUAAGAGUAAGUCAACAAUAUGCUGCAGCUCUUCAGUGUGCAGUCCACAACUGCACGAUGAUACAUGUGCAUUGUUUGUGAAGUCCUUCAAUACACCCACACCACUGCGCCACUCUCAACGAUUGCGUAGUCAGUCUGGUCAGCAAGUCCUAAGUUCAUCACCGCUUUCUUGUCACGAGAUGAAGAAGAUCAGCAGUGAAUCUUCAGAUUUACAAUUGUGCUGAGCAUUGUUGAAAGUACACAGAUAUGUAAACAAGGGUUGAGAUUUGUUUGCUUCAUAUGUGUGGAAUAUCAACAAGACAUUACAUUUGUUAAUAACAUACUAUGUUAUCAAGACGUUAAUUGAUAGUUCACAUUUUGCGGUAAACAUAAAAUGUGUAUUUGUGCUGUAUUGCUGAAUGGCUAGUUCUGCACAUAGUUUGUAUUCGAACUUUCUUAAUUAGAUUUAUUAUUGAGCAAACUGGGUUGAAA